GUUGGAUUGAUCCUGCAGUUUCAUUUGCCUGGAAGUAAUAGUCUAUCUUGCAAACCAGUCAAAACUGACAGUGUUUACACCAUUAAGUCUUUUAAAACAGACAAAUAUCUCAAAGUUGAAUGGAAGAAUAACACGACCAAGUUGUCAUUUACAGGAAACUCAAACGACUGUGGCAUUUGUAAGUUAUCAAACCAAAUAUAUUAUAUUGUUUCCUCAAAAGAAAACCGGGUUCUUUCGCUAGAGAGGGUAGAAAAACUGUGGAGUACAAAUACAAGACCAACGUUGGUGAAUUUGGUUAUAAUUGAGGAUGAAAGACAUUCUUAAGCAGGUCAUAGGGGUGCCGAGAGAAUCAAUGUAUAGCACUUUAAAGAUAUAAAAGAUAAUGUUGUUUGGUUGUAGUUCUGCAAAACAACAAUGUGACAAUUACAAUCAUCUUCAUAAUCAUCAUCAUUAUCGGUAUUAUUAUUUUAUUAUUGUUAUUGUAGAAGGAGAUUUGAAAACGUUACUGCUCAAAUAGACCUCUUUCAUCAAGAGGUUUUCCAUUCUUGCCUUUAUCUUGAAAUUGGCUCCUUUUCAAUCCAAUGGCUGCAUUUUUCGGUAGUCACUUUCUUAAAACGUCCGGCAAGAAUUACUGAAUAACUCACAGAUAUUUUACAUAUAACGUUUUGUUUUGUUUUGUUUCAGAUUUUCUUCCUCGAAAAAUUCCUAGCACAAACGAAUACACAAUUUCACUUGAUAACAAGACAAACUAUUAUCUAGCUAUAGAACACGGAAAGUUGGUUGUGAAGGUAGGCGUACCUCGCAAAGGGAUAAAACAAAUUAAGAGCGUUGGGUGAUAGAGUUUUUCCGUCUACAAUUCUUGUGAUUUAUAGAAAAGGUUUAUUCAGUUAAUCGUGAGUUCAAUACCCAUCUGAAACUCAGAAAAUGCUUUCUGGGUUCUUCUCUCCACACGUCAUUCUAUUUAUUAUAUGGAUGAUGAAUUACGCAAACUUGUUUUUCAGGUUAACAUGCAAUACAUUACACUACCCACAAUUAAGAUUUUAAAACAUUUUCGUUAUAUAAACACCAGUGUAAUGCAAGUUGAGCUUUCACUCGUCAAUCUUGUUAUUAGUUCACACUGAAUGAGCAAGAGUAGCCGCACAGAGUGGGCGGCCUUCUAGUGACAUCACAUCCUUGUUUCAACUUCUCUUCUUUCUGUAUAGCUUUGACUAGCUUUAGAAAACGGAGCAUUGAUGGAGCCCGAGAGGGGAUAAAAUGAGCGCAACGUCGUCCUCAAGUUUAUCAGUUAAUUACUUAUUACUGUAACGAGUUAUUGACGUAAAAUGGUUGCUUUACCUUUCACCUUUUUCACAAGUAGAAAGAUUACCGUUGCCGCCCCUUAAAUAUACAAAAUUUCACUUCUAGUGUUGAGAAAAAAUAUUUCACGAGUGAGCGACCUUGUAAGUUUAUCUAUGCAUGUUAUCAUCUAUUAGCAGAAGAUGAAUCCGCCUUUGAAAGAAUGUCGUUUCCAGUUGAGGAGAAUCAGCUUGAAUUACAGCCGGGGAGAUAACAGACCUGUCUCAGAGGACUAUCAUGUUGUUGUUUCCAUGUCAACUAACAAUUCUGAGUAUAACGCUAUCACAAGUAACAGGUUCGGAAAAGUUUCUUUGGGAUAUUGGAAGGACUGUAGAGCAUGGUUUAAUAUAUCGCUUGCAAUAUAA